CCUAUCCGUGAAAUCCCGCCCAUUCAGUCGCCACAACAACGGUUAGCUAAAUUAGCUUAGCGCUAUUGUUGAGGUUGGUAGAUAGUUAGCCCGUCCGUAUUCUUAAUGAGCAUUACAAAACACGGUCUGACAACGGUAACAGCUGUAACGUUGAACUUUAAUUCAAGAUGUGCUCCGUCGUCGGAUGUGAUUCGGGCCGACGCAGUGCGCAACGGUUCAAGUUACCGGAGGACCCAGAGAGGAGACUGGAGUGGGUUCAGUUUCUCGCUACAGUCAACAUGCAGCGGUUUAAAGAAGCGUCCUGGACAGACAUUAGAAUUUGUAGCGAACACUUUACAGAUGACUGUUUUAACAACAUGUCACCGAGCCAUUCAGGUUUUACUGGCAGGGACCAGCUAACGUUAAAUCCCAUUGCUGUCCCCUCACUGUGUCUCGAGUCAGAGGAACCUGAGACAACUCUGCAGAGCUCAACACGUGUGGAGCCUGAGGAAACCACAGAAGUUGCUUAUCAGCGCGAUCAACUCAAAACAUGCGAUGGCCCAACUUCCUUUUCUGAAGAGUCAAGACUGACUUCAAUGGCUUCUGAAGGAAGCCCAGUCCCAAGAGGUGUCUCAUCCUCAGCUGAUUCUUCAGAUGGGUUUUUUAUAUCCGUAUAUCGCCAAAUGCAGCCAAAAGAUACAAAUUUUGAUUUAAUGAAAGAAAAAGCAUCACUUCUGCAGAGGAAAGGGAAAUAUGUUAUUAAUGAAAAACGUCUCCUCAAGAUGUUCAGCCAGAAUUGCCCGUCAUGUGGUUCUAAAGUAAGGACGGAGAAGGUCACCCAUGGGGUGCUCAUCAUCUUGAACCAACAGUGCCUUCAGUGUGACUACAGCAACCAAAAAUCCCACAUGCGUCUGCACACGGGGGAGAGGCCUUUUAAGUGUCAGCACUGUGACAAAAGCUUCAAUCACAAUGUGAGCUUGAAGAGUCAUGUCCAGCGUUACCACUCAACCAAUUCUGGACGUGAACAGAAUACAGAAAAGAUAAACAAAAGGGCAAGUGAUGUUCAGGAUAGUGGAAGUAACGGAGUUGUCAAAUCGGGACAUGACAAUGUAGAGGAAGAAGACGACACGGAAGAGGAGGAGGGAAUGUACAGACCUAAAAAAAAAAGGAAAAGCACAGGUAGGCCCAUAGGAAGGCCUAAGAGCUAUGAAUCGCGCAACUUUGUAGAAGACCAGUGUUCAAACACCAAAACUGGAAAUCUACAAGAAUGCGGUGAUGAAGAAAGUCAGUUCAAGCCGAGGUACCGUGACACAUCCUUUGAUUCAGCAGAAGCGAUAAAGAACACAGCGAGAUCAAGAGGAAGAGUAAAACAUCCCGAUAGUGACUCCAAUUUUGAUCCUGAAGAGAAAAAGAAAAAGAGGUACAGCAGCCAGAGGAGUGGUAACAGCGCUGGUAAGCGUAGGGGAAGACCAAGGAAAAAUCGUAAAGAAUAGGGUUAAAAUGAACAGAGCUAAGGAUUUAAUUCUGUCUAUGUCAGGGUUUGGCUGUAUACUCAAUUCUGAUUGGCUGCAAGUUUUGCAUUAAAAAGUGAUGUAGGUUGGACACUUAAGUAGUCACAGUCAAACUGUCUGUUCACCAUUCUAAAUGAAUGUGUGAAAGGAAUCUCCUAAAUCUUGAUAUAGGCUCAGCCAUGACAUGGCUGGCUUGUGUUGAUGUUAAACAUACUGUCAAAUUAUAUUUACGGCCCACUGUAUGUACACGUGUCAACCAUACACACUGUUAUCAACUUUUAACCUUGCUAGCAUAACUUGAAUGUUCUGGCUCCCAGCUGAGCCAAAGCAAAAGGGUUAAUAUACAGGAUGGGAAGGAUUGUAUGUAUUGUAUUGUAUAGAUGAGUGUCACCAGGGAAACAUUUCUAUUACAAAACGUAUGAAAUAUAAAUUCUUUAAAAAAUGUGGCAAUCCAUUCAUUAAUUCUUGAUAAUAGACACAUCAUUGAGCCUUAACCCCUUAAAUUAAACAAUUGUGAAAAGAAAGGAGCCAUAUAAUAGGAUGUUAAACAGAACUGGACUGAUUUCCUACAGACAGCAUGUACACCUAGGCCAGGGUGCAAGUCAGAUUCCGUUGCCCUUUACCAUUAAGAGAAGCUGCGGCUUUGGUUUUAAAAUACUUUUGAAUCAUGUUACUCUGUGUGUAUACUAUGGAUCAAAGUGGAUAACCGUAUAAUAAACAAGUGCCUGUGUUUUUUUUUCCAUUGUAAAUGUCCUGUACUUGUAAAACUGUCAUAUGUAUAUGAUAACUGAUCUGUAAACUGCUUAAGAACUUAGUC